CAAUUAACUUGUCCAGUCCACUAUAUUAGCCUAUCUAUUUAUCAGACGCCACGUGGCAGAAACCCAGUUUACUGCUUAUCUUCAGUUCAGUGUCCAUGCCCAUGAAUCAGUUAGAGGCUGAUACACUAUCUACUACCACCAUCAGCCUAAAGCUCUUGCAUAGCUUCCAUCCUCAUCGAACUUUCUAACUUGAAUUCCGCGAAAUUAAUCGAUUAUGGAGACUGGGAUUGCUUGCUGUGCUCGCGGAGCACUCCUGCCAAAUGUUUCUUCUCAGCAUUCAACUGGACUAGUAUCUCCACGUUCAGUUUCUCCAUCAUUCAGCUCCAGGAGUCUGAAAUCAAGCUCAUUAUUUGGAGAAUCCUUGCGCAUCAUGCCACCAAGAUCAUCACUCAAGGCUUCCAAGUCAAAAAACUCAUCACUUGUGACUAAGUGCGAGAUUGGUGAUAGCCUAGAGGAGUUUCUUACAAAAGCUACGCCGGACAAGGGCCUGAUUAGGCUGAUGAUGUGCAUGGGAGAAGCUUUGAGAACAAUUUCCUUUAAAGUGAGAACAGCUUCUUGUGGAGGAACGGCCUGUGUUAACUCUUUCGGUGAUGAGCAGCUUGCAGUUGAUUUACUUGCCAACAAUGUUCUAUUUGAGGCCUUGAAGUACUCUCACAUUGUCAAAUAUGGUUGCUCGGAGGAAGUUCCUGAGCUCCAAGACAUGGAAGGCCCAGCUGAAGGUGGAUUCAGCGUCGCUUUUGACCCACUGGAUGGUUCCAGCAUUGUUGAUACAAACUUCACAGUGGGUACAAUUUUCGGAGUAUGGCCUGGAGAUAAGCUGACAGGUGUAACUGGAAGAGAUCAAGUUGCUGCAGCCAUGGGGAUCUUUGGACCUCGAACAACGUAUGUUCUUGCUCUUAAAGACCUUCCAGGAACCCAUGAAUUUCUCCUCCUUGAUGAAGGAAAAUGGCAACAUGUCAAAGAUACAACAGAAAUCGGAGAAGGAAAAAUGUUCUCCCCUGGAAACUUGAGGGCUACAUCUGACAACCCUGACUACGCCAAGCUAAUCGACUACUAUGUCAGAGAGAAAUACACCUUGCGAUACACAGGAGGAAUGGUGCCUGAUGUCAACCAGAUAAUUGUGAAAGAAAAGGGCAUAUUCACAAAUGUGGCAUCCCCAUCUACCAAAGCCAAGUUGAGAUUGCUAUUCGAAGUGGCCCCAUUGGGGUUCUUGAUCGAGAAAGCUGGUGGAUACAGCAGCGAUGGAACCAAGUCGGUGCUGGACAAGGUUAUCAACAGCCUUGACGACAGAACUCAAGUGGCUUACGGGUCCAAAAAUGAGAUCAUUCGAUUUGAGGAAACGCUAUAUGGUUCCUCCAGGCUCAAGGCUCCAGAGCCAGUUGGAGCUGCUGCUUGAGCAACGCCAAACCCAAAUGAGAUCGUGUCUUUUCCUUUCUUCCAGGGCAACACCAAGGUGCUUUUGACCUUUAUACAAAAGUUUUUUUUUUUUUGGGGUCAAACAUAUAAUAGUUAAUUAAGUUCUUGAUUAUGUAGACGCUUCAGAAAGGUAGGUUUUGUGGGCUUUCUGCAGUCCCGGGAACGUAAAAAAAAAAAAAAAAAGUCUGGGCGUAGCUUCUUCGUUGGCUUAAUUUUCUUCCUGAAAUUUAUAUCAUCAAACACGAAUUGCUCAAAACCAAGGCAGUUCUAUAUAAUUCA